CUUUGAGCGCAGCAGCUGUUGUUUAGCAUAGCCUGUGUUACUUUAUCACUGAGUUUGUUGGACCCGCAGCUGGUUGGAGGUUCUGGCUGGAAGUUCUGGCUCCGGUUUGGACCUCAUGGCCUUCCCGGCGCCGGUGUGGCUCGCCGUCCAGGAGGAGCUGCUGGAAGGCGGCGAACCGGAGGAGGACUGCGACUCCCAGAACUGCUUCAACGACUUCACCGACCAGGCUCUGUUUGAGAACUUCCACCUCUCCAGAGCCUGCAUAACCUUCAUCGCAGACGCCGUCCGCUUGCGCGUUAAGUCGGCCGCCUUUAAGAAGAGCCACCCGCCGGUGGACGUGAUGCUCAUGACCGCGCUGAGCUACUACGCCCACGGCAUGUUUAACUCCUCCCUGCAGGCGAAGACGGGGAUCAACCAGCCGACCGGCCUGGUCAACGCGGUCAACAUCAUCUCCGGGGUGAUCGCGGGGAUGUCGGACGUGUUCAUCUCCUUCCCUCUGACCGCCGAAGCCAGAGCCAGAACCGCGUCCAGGAUGGAGGAGCUCUGCGGGAUCCCCGGCGUCCUGGGCGUCCUGGCCCCGGCGCACUUCAAGAUCAGAGCCUCCCCCUACGACAAGAAGUCCUUCAAGUCGUUCAUCAACACGCUGGGGUACACGUCGGUGGUGAGCCAGUUCAUGUGCGACGCCGAGGGAAACAUCCUGAGCGUGGAGAAGUGCUGCGUGGGCAGCGCGUUUGAGCAGGAGCUGUGGGAGUCCUCGUUCAAAGGGAGGGAGGUGGAGGACGGUCUGCACGGACCUUUCUGGUUUAUUGCAGGGAAAGGCUACCGGUUGAGCAAACACGUCCUGACCCCCGUGUCCAACCCGGCGUUCGACCGUGAGGUCCGCUUCAACGAGGCGCACGCCAAGGUGCGCCGCGUCAUGCAGAGCAUGCUUGGCGCCAUGAAGAGGCGCUUCAGGUGUCUGCAGCAGCUCGGCUUUGCAGAAGAAGCCUGUCUGAACAAAAAGUCCAACAUCAUCAAGUCGUGCAGCGUCCUGCACAACAUCGCCAAAAAGUUCUCCGUCCCUCUGCCGCCGCGGUCCGGGGUGAGCGAACCGUCGUACACGGGCAAGCUGUAUACGUCUUCAAUGGAGAUCGACCCAGAGGCACUAAAAGCCCGACAGGAACUCAUCGACAGGAACUUCUCUGCCUCCGUCAGCAGCCGGGACUCGCCGCAAAGCCAGGAGGAUCCGUGAAACUCACUCAGUUUCCUUUGAUGCAAUUGCAGAAGAAAACAUUGAAAGUUUUUUUUCUUCCAGUCAGAAAAACUUUGGAUUGUUUAGAAUAUAAAAUGUUUUAUUUCUAUGUACAGAUUACAUUUUUCUACUUGAACAAUUUUAUAAUUCUAAUAAAAUUUCUAACAUUC